GGCCCGGGCGCCCCGCGGCCCCGGCCCCGCCGACUGCAGCCCAGCGGCCGGGCCCAGCAUGGGGAGGCGCUGCUGGCGGCGGCGCGUGCUGGCCGCCGCGUGUCUGGGCGCCGCGCUCCUGCUCCUGGGCGCCGCGCCCCGCGCCCUGCGCCCGGCAUUUGAAAACAGGGCCCUGGAAUCCGGCUGGCUUGGUGGGAAGAGGAGGAGUCCCCUGCAGAUGCUCUAUGACCUUGACCAGGGCCCGCUCUCGGCCCUGGCCGAGGUGCACCGGCAGCGGCGCGACCUGCUGCGCCGCGCCUGCAGCCGCCACACGCGCCGGCAGCACCUGCUGCGGCCAGAGGACCUGCGGCACGUGCUGGUGGACGACUCGCACGGCCUGCUCUACUGCUACGUGCCCAAGGUGGCCUGCACCAACUGGAAGCGCGUGCUGCUGGCGCUGAGCGGCCGCGCCCGCGGCGACCCGCGCGCCAUCCCCGCGCACGAGGCGCACGCGCUGGGCCGCCUGCCCUCGCUGGCCGACUUCAGCCGCGCCGAGAUCAACCGGCGCCUGCGCGCCUACCUGGCCUUCCUCUUCGUGCGCGAGCCCUUCGAGCGCCUGGCGUCGGCCUACCGCAACAAGUUCGCGCGGCCCUACAGCGCGGCCUUCCAGCGGCGCUACGGCACGCGCAUCGUGCGGCGCCUGCGGCCGCGCCCGCACCCCGACGCGCUGGCCCGCGGCCACGACGUGCGCUUCGCCGAGUUCCUGGCCUACCUGCUGGACCCGCGCACGCGCCGCGACGAGCCCUUCAACGAGCACUGGGAGCGCGCCCACGCGCUCUGCCACCCGUGCCGCCUGCGCUACGACGUCGUGGGCAAGUUCGAGACGCUGGCCGAGGACGCGGCCUUCGUGCUGCGCCUGGCGGGCGCGCCCGGCCUGCGCUUCCCCGCGCCGCCGCCCAGGGGCACGGCAGCCGCCGCGCGCGCCCAGGCCGCGCGCCUCUUCCGGGACGUCAGCCCCUUCUACCAGCGGCGCCUCUUCGACCUCUACCGGAUGGACUUCCUGCUCUUCAACUACUCCACCCCCGCCUACCUGCGGCUGCACUAGCCCCCGACGCCCCGAGCUAUGGGGGUGGGCCGGAGAAGGUGCGUUUCUGACGAGCCCCCAAGAUGCUGGUGCUGAGGCUCGGGGACUCCACUCUGAGAACCCCUGCACCCUCACUUACGUGCUCGGCCAGCCCCCCUGGGCCUCCAUCACACCCCGCGGGGUUUGGGUGCAGCCCACCUCGGGUGGCUGUACAUCUGUGUGCCCGCCAAUGCCAGUUGCUAGAUGCUUGCUUCGUCUAACUACUCCAGCUGGCAGGCUCUUCCCCUUGGUGAGUGAGGACUGGAUAAUAGUUUUUUGGGUUGUGAGAGGCCAUUUUUUGGGUCACCUCUGCCCUCUAACCUGUCUGUGGUGCGACCUGUCUUGGUGCAGACUGUGGCCCAUCCCAGUGCCCUCCUCACCUCACCCACCCUGGUAAGGACAGCCUGGGCCAAGGAGAGAAGCCCUCUUUUACUGGAUUCAGGCUAGAGCCAUCCUUGUUGAUGGGUGCGGCUCAGGUGCCAGCCAUGAGCUGCCUUCUACUCUGCCUGUGACAGAACAGGGCCACCUCUUUCUGUGGCUGCCCCAUCCUGACCCCACCCUUGGUCUCAGUCUGGCGAGAUGCUUGGUCGUCUGUGCCUGCCUUGAGGAAUUCCUCCUUCUCUGGCUGUCCUCUGACCUCUUUUUCUCUCUGGCUGGCACCAGAAUAUGUCUGUCCUCUUAGAUCACAGGCUGACUGCCUGUCCCCCGAUGGCAAGGUCCCAACUGGGCCAUCAGAUGACCUGAGAAAGGGUCUCAUGCAAAGAGCUGGACAAGACGUGAGAGUGCCCAGGUGGGCUCUUAAUCUGGGACCCCCUUCAGUGAUUUUGUAUUAAAACCAUGCACCAGUUCCUAAAGGGAUUUAUAAAAUGAAUAAAGGAAACUUCAACUAAAUUGGAGUCAGGAAGGCAUGUAGGGGGAGCUCUCAUGCCCUGUCACACAUCAUCAAUUACUCCAAACAGGAAGAGGCCUACACUUGCAUCUCUGACAGGAAGUACAACUACUUGACUACUAAAGGAAGAUUUCUUUCCCCACCCAGCCACAGCCCAGCCAAUGGGAAAUGCCACAGCUCAGCCAAUAAGGAGCCCUUGCCACCUUGAACUGUUACUUUCCCCCAAUGGAUUUUCCUUUAGAAUAGCCCUUCCCUACUCCCCAUUUUUCUCUGUAAAAGCAGCUCCCGUUUUUUGUUCUCUGGAUUUGCCUAUGAUUUGCUGUAGCAUACAUAUCCUGAAUUGCAAUUUUUUUGGCUAUUCCCAAAUAAACUCAUU